AUGGUGUUUGUUUCAGCAAAAAACAUCCGAACCACCCGUAACUCUCGGAAGUUGGACUGGAAGAAACUGGGACCGUUCCCCGUCAAAGAAAUCAUCUCGCCACAUGCGUACCGAGUCGACCUGCCUAGGAGUAUGAAAAUGCACCCCGUCUUCCAUGUAUCGUUGCUACACUCCGCUGCAAAUGAUCCUGUCCCGGGGCAAAUUCAACCACCACCCCCGCCUAUUAUCAUUGAGCAGGAAGAGGAGUAUGCAGUUGAGGAAAUCUUGGACUCGCGGGAAACAAGAAACAACGGCCUGCAAUAUUUUGUCAAAUGGACAGGCUAUACCGACCCUACCUGGGAACCCGCCGCAUACCACGAUAAUACCGCCGCCGUUGAUAUUUUCCAUAUAUGUUACCCCGAUAAACCUGGACCGUUGGAAGGAAAGGUUAAGGUUAAGGCUCGCAGGAGCUCGCGCUUGAAGGGAGGGGCUACUUUCAUGGAUCGAUUAGUGAAUACACUGGGUUACGAGGAGUUGGAUUAG